AUGGGUCUUAUGCACACAGUGGGAAGAUGUAGAAGCAUAUCAGUGUAUGAAAAGAUAAAUAACAUAUGCUCUGGAAGCUUUGGAAGUGUGUACAAGGUGAGAUGUAAAGAAAGUAAGAACAUAUUUGCAAUAAAAAGGAUGAAUCCAUCAAUGUGCCAUGAUACCAACGGAUUCUCAGUUCUAUACAUCCGAGAAGUUAUGAUUCUAAGGCAUCUACAGCACAAUAACAUUAUGAGGAUCAACGAAGUUGUUGAAGGAGCUGCAAUCAACGACUUUUUUAUUGUAAUGGAGUACUGUGACACAGACUUGAAGACUCUUAUUCAGAAGGCAGGCCCGAUGGAUGAGUCAAUGGCAAUGUUUUUUACGAACCAACUUUUACAGGGUCUUGAGUUUCUACACGGCAUAGGAGUAAUCCACAGAGACCUGAAGCCAUCGAACAUUCUUCUCAUGAGAGAUGGAUGCCUGAAAAUAGCAGACUUUGGACUGGCAAGACGAAUCAGUUCACAAAUGACGAAUCUUGUUGUCACAUUGUGGUACAGGCCGAUUGAGGUGCUUCUUGGGUCUGAGUCAUAUGACGAGUCUGUGGACAUGUGGUCUGUUGGAUGCAUUGUUGGUGAGAUGAUGGUUGGUGAACCAAUAAUGCCUGGGGAAGGAGAGAUUGACCAGCUGCGCAGGGUAUUUGAGCUUCUGGGAUAUCCUGAUGAUAAGGAUCUACAUGGAUUAGAAUUACCUCACCUAAAAAGCAUUCGAAUUCCUGAUACAUUCAAUGCAGAGUUUGACAAGCGCUUUAAUGGCAUGGAUGGAGAAGUAGUAGAGUUUAUUAGGAAUAUGCUGAGUUUUGACCCAAGAAAGAGAGACAGUGCACAUGUGGUGCUUUCAAAGGAGAUUAUGAAGAAUAGUGCAUUAUCUAAUCGUGAUGUGAUUGAAUGUUCAAUUACCAAAUGCAUUGACUGA